UAGUUUGUUUUUAAUAUAAAAACUGUAUGUUCAAAUUUACCAGCAUCCGUUUAAUAAUACAAUUUAUAAUAUUGUACUUUGUAGUCAUUUAUACCAUCAAUAUCUAAUUUUACAACAUAAAUACAAAAACACAACCCAAUCAAAGUGUAAAAUGACAACAUAUUCAACAGACAGUGACGGAAAAUUUAUACCGGCCACACAACGUCCCGAUGGUACCUGGCGUAAAGCUCGCCGUGUAAAACAAGGUUAUGUGCCACAAGAAGAGGUUCCUUUAUACGAAAGUAAAGGCAAACAAUUUGCGCAAAAUAAAAUUACUUUGCCGCCUGGCAUGUGCCCAUUUGCAGUUGAGGCGGCAAAAAAAGACCGCGAAAAAAAAGAACGUGCCAAGGCUAAGCAACUGGAAAAACAAGCUAACGGAAUAGCGAGUACCAGUAAAAACAAACAACAAACUCCAGGCUUAUUAGUUUUGCCUGCAAGUAAAUCAACUAAUCAACAACAGUCAAGUUCAACAAUUAAAACUAAAGAAGUGAAUACUCCUAAUGUAAACAAUCUGUGUGAGACGGUAGAAACAGCAUUGACCUUGGAAGAGGAGACUCUAACCUUAGCAAAAACAUUGAAAAAAUUACGUAAAAAAUUGCGAGAAAUUGAAGCUACUGAGGAAAAAAUUAAGAGUGGUGCACUAAAAAAACCCGACAAAGAUCAGCUAGAUAAAAUCAAAAAGAAAAAAGACGUAAUCAAACAAAUCAAGGAAUUGGAAUUAGAGGAACAGCAGCAACAAACUCAGUCAAGUGGAAAUCAGUAGAAAUUAUGCGUAUAUUUUUGUCUUUUUUUGUUGAUAUUAUUUGUUUGUGUUUGCACAAUUUACUCUGCUUUGCUUUAUAAUAGCGGUAUUCACGAUCUUGUAUAACGAGCUCGGUAACCGAGUAACAUAGUAAUUGUGAAUGUAGUAAGAGUAAACUUAAACUACAAAACACAUUUACUCAGUUCACACAAUUACUUAAUUGCUGAGAUUAUCAUUCAAGAUCGUGAAUGCCGCUAAUAUUCGUUUGACGAUCCCACCUCAGUUUGCAGCAAUCGCUUAACCUGCAAACUAAAGAAAUUUGCAUUUCUUAGUGUCCUUUUAAUUUUAUUUUACUCAGUGUAAAGGAAUUGGCUUAACCUUCGAACUUGUAAAGUUUUAAAGCAAUCCUUCGCUUUUUCAAUGUGUACUUUUACGUUUUAAAGCUUAUCGCUGAUACUCGUGUUUCAUAGAAACUGUUUUUUUUUUGUUUGGCGGACUCCUGCCCAUUAAAGGUUUGAAACAAAUCGCAAACCUUCGAACUUAUAAAGUUCUGAAGCAAUCCUUCGCUUUUUUAAUGUGUGCUUUUACUUCAUCUUUUACGUUUUAAAGCUUAUCGCUGAUACUCGUGUUUCAUAGAAACUGUUUUUUUUUUGUUUGGCAGACUCCUGCCCUUUAAAGGUUUGAAACAAAUCGCGUAAUGUUUUUAAGUUAUCCUUUGUUUUUCCUAAAGCAUCUGCAGAAAAUCGAUGGUACAUCUCUUAUCUGCACUCAUGGGUGUAAGUAUUUUAUAAAAACGUUUUUAAGUCAAGAAAUAAAAUUUUUCCUGCGUAUAUCAAUUCCAUUGAUGCAAAUCAAAAACGGUUUUAACUGCCUUUUUAAAAUAUAUUCUUAUAAAGCAAAAAGUCAACUUGAGAAAAAUAAACUAUUUUAAAUACGAAGUUUUUAAAACAACGCAUUUUAUUACUUAUAAUGAUUAAAAAUCCAAAUCUUAUCAUAGAGCUUAGAUUUUAGAAUUACAUUUAUUAUUAAAUAUAUGCAUGUCUUGUAAAAAUUCUGUGUGAAAUUGAUUUUAGUAGUUUUCGUAAAACUUAAUUUUUAUGUUGAGAAAAAAUGUUUAUAUUA